AACAACUACAGGAACUUAACUUCAACAACAGGAAGUGUGUUUGGCUGCAGAUUCUCUCCAAACUUUAUCCCACUACAACUUUCAGCAGCAGGUAAGAAACUCUGAUCUGUAUGUACAUGUCUCCAGCUAGACUACAGAACACUGUGGUCAGGUUCUCCUCACAGCUUCUUUAUAUUUACUGAGCUGACGGACUACAUGGAUUGAGAGAGAAAGUUUCACGGAUAUCUGAAGCAUAAGAAGACUCAGCAGCUCAGCUCUGUGUAACACACCCAGGAUACUGGAUACUCUGACCCUGCAGUACAUGGUGUCGCAGUAAAAACAGUUUGAUCUGACACGUGAAGAAACAACUGAGAGAACCUUCAAACAGUGAAACCAAGUCAUUGUCUGCUGUCUCCCUGAGUUGCUGUGUGAUCGCUUGUUGUCUGCCCUUUCGUCGUGUCUCCCUGUUUCCCUGCACCAUUUGGAUUUCGGUUUGGACAACCUCUGUUUUGGACUCUACCUGAUUCAGCUCUCAGCUCAGAGGAUCCAGAGGACACAGAGACCUCCAUCAUGGCCACCGCUGACCUGCUGCUGGAGCUGAUGUUCUCCUGGAUCCAGCAGAGGGAGCUCUGUGCAGAGCAGCUGAAGAAACUGGCCCGGGAGCUGGAGUCUCUCAGGGAGAAAUGCAACGUCAGUGAAUGUGUUGGCAGCUCAGCGGCAGUGGUUGGAGCUGCAUGUGUGAUCGGGGCUGGCGCAGUCACUUUGUUCACCGGUGGAGCAGCUGUUCCACUUUUAGGCUUGAUCGGAGCAGUGUCUUCAGUUGGAGGGGUCACCAUAUCUGUGGUUACUAAACUCACUGAGCACUUCUUAUCCAGUAGCACCAUGAAAGAGGCGCAGAAGAUAGAAGAGCAGAGCAACAAAAUUGCAGAAAGAAUCCAGAAACUGUUCCAGCAGCUGAAGGCCGAGGUGAAGAACAGGAGUUCCUCAGCAGACCCAGAUAAACUGGACCGACGCAUGAUGAUGGAAAUUCUGACAGCCAUGGGCCGACGCAGUGGGCUGAAGGGGGAGAUCAACGUCCGCAUGUGUGGUGACAAGCCACAGUUUUAUUUUGAUGCAGGACCAAGACACAUUGGGCUCAACAGCAUGGCCGUCAACCCUGCAUUGGCGGUUGGAUUUGCCGCUAUUUUAAAAUUUUUCGCAUUUGAAGUUAGCGAUAAAGAAUUAAAAAUUUUGUUUGCUAACGGCGCCAAACAACUGAUGAAACUUUUGUCUACAACUGGAUUUAAAACUGCUCUUAAAGGAGGAGCCAAGGUUGUGGGAGGAGCUUUAGGACUGGCGUUUGCACUUCCUGAGGCGAUUGACAACUGGACAGACCUGAUCAAGAAUAAUCAUGUGACUGAAGCGAGCCAAUCACUGAGAGAUACAGCUGACGACCUUCUGAAGAUCAGCCGGACACUGAGGGAACAGUUUGACAACAUCAAGGAGAUGUUUGACCAGAUGGCUACAAGUCAACGAGAACACGAGGACGAUCGUCAAGAAGACAAUAAUAGUUCAUAUUCAGCUCAGGAGAAUAGCGAUCAGGAAGAUGAGGAGCGUGACAGAGAGGAUGAAGACAGCGAUCGGGAGCGUGACAGAGAGGAUGAAGACAGCGAUCGGGAGCGUGACAGAGAGGAUGAAGACAGCGAUCGGGAGGAUGAGGAGGAUGAUAGAGAGGAAGAGACGGAGGACGAUGAAAGCAGUCACGAAGCUCCUGCAGCAAUAAGGGUGGGGUUGGUUAAUGUUCGGUCGAUGAACAACAAAACAUCCAGGAUCUUAGAGCUCAUAACACAAAACUACCUGGACGUCUUCCUCACAACAGAGACGUGGUUAAAUAGGGACACUGGAGACGACGUCCUUACUACAGCUUCACCACACAAUUUUAAUUUUAAUCAUCGGUCAAGAGCUACGAGAGGGGGAGGGGUGGCGAUUCAAUACUCACGGUACCUGAAUGGUGAACAAAUUCAUUUCGACUUCAUAACAACCUUUGAACAUGUUGCCACAGUUCUGCAACAUGAUGAGUGGACCGAGCCGGUCCUGAUCAUCAAUGUGUAUCACCCACCGGGGUACAACCUGAACCGAUUCCGUGCCUUUCUGGAUGAGCUUCAAAUGCUCUUGGAUGAGGUUCGUGAAAUCUACAACAGCAUCAUUGUAACUGGCGAUUUCAACAUCCAUGUUGAUAAUGAAAGGCGGACCGCUACGGACGAGUUUGAAUUCUUUUUGCUGAUUAAUGACCUUUUUCAGCAUGUGGGGGAGCCAACACACCAGGCAGGUCACUUUCUGGAUCUGGUCCUCACCAGAAAUGUUGAAAUCUCAAAUUUAUCUGUCCGGAACGAUAGAAUAUCAGAUCAUUACACUGUAUAUUUCUCUGCAAGGCCAGCGUCGGAAGAUAGAGAGGAGAAAACCAAAGAAAAGGCGGAUCGAGACGAGCCGGCAAAGAAGAAGAAAGAAGAAUAGAAAAUAUCUCAGGUUUAAGAAGUGAACUUGGAAACUCUUUUGCUUUGCUUUGAGUUGUUUUAUGUUUAUUUUGUAGGUUAGCUAACUUGGUGUUAGCAUAUUUCACUGCUAAUGUGGCUAGCAGGCUUUGACUAGCUACCAGCAGCUAGCUUGCUCAGAUCCUAAAGCUGCACCUAGAGGCUUGCUGGGCAGUGAGAUGAGAUCCACAGAUACACUUAAUUAGCUAAUUUAUCACCAGUGAGGUACAAAAAUGGCUGUUGAGCCACAAUAAAUCACCACAGGAGGAAUUAGGGCGACUACGAGUAUCUGGCACCAAGACGUUAGAAGCAGAUCUUUGUGCCCGUUGUAGGCGGUUCAGCAGUGGACAGGGUCAGCAUGGGCGCCCUGACUGGUCUGCAGCCCCAUAUGCAACAAACUGUGAAGCUCUGUGUAUUCUGACAUCUUUCUAUCAGAACCAGCAUCAAAUUUUUCAGCAAAUUGACCUACAGUAGCUCGUCUGUUGGAUCAGACGGCCAAACUUCGCUCCCCACAUCCAUCAAUGAGUCUUGUGGCCAGUUCACUUUUCACCUGAUUAAACACUAAUUUAUCCUAAUUUGAUUUUUAAUAUUGAAACAAACCAGUUUCUAGAGAAAAGAUGUAAUGAAAUAAGUCAGGAAAAAUAAGACCUGAAAUAACAAACAAAGGACGGCUUAAGUAUUUGAGAAAGUACACCAUAUAUUUGUAUUAUAUACACUUGUAUAUAGACUUGUAUGACACAGAGCAGGCUGAGUGUGAAGCCGAAGCGUUUGGGGCUUACAGUUUUUCUCAGUUGCUUAAACACUAUAAACAGGUUUUUGAUCUGAAAUUUCAUGACUAUAACUUCAUUUUUCAGAAAGCACACCCCUUUCACUAAACUCUACACACACAUCCCUUCAUUUCUCAUUGCCCACACCAUGUGGUCAUUUAGAGAGCACUAACAAUCAGUAUUGUUCAAUCAAGUCAGCAGAGCUUGAGCUCAAUUAGCACACAGCUACCCAGGUGGAAACACAAAGAAUCACAACUGUUAACACACCGAUCAGAACCUUCAACAGAUGGAUAAAAGGACCAGAGUCAGUUCAUUCAGUUUUGGAACAAUGGAUCCAGGGAAAUCUGAAGGAAGACGUAGAGCAGUGGUUCUCAAAGUGGGGUCUUUGAUGGGGCUCCAGGGGGUCCCCCCAGCAAAAAGAGGAAUUAUUUAAAAAUACUACUUUGGUCAUGGGUUUCUUACACUUUCUGUAAUAAAACAUCUAAAAAGCAAAACUUUAGGGGUCCUUGUUGGGAAAAAGUUUAAGAACCACUGAGCUAGAUGACACCAGAGAGGAAGAGGAGGAGAAUAUCUGGCCUGUCCCAGACCAAAGACAGGAUGUUUGGGCAGAAUUAUUUGUUGUUUGGUGUGUUAAACUCUUCAGCACUCUACAGAA